UCUCUGCACAGUCAGCUCUGUGGAAGCCUCCAGUGUGGAUACAGGAGAACACCGGCUUUCUCUUCCUUUCGUAUGCAUUUUAUCAGCCACAUUCAUGGAAUAAAAAAAAAAUCCAUAUUCUGUAAACGGGAUGACAAAGUCUAGAGUGGAGUUUAAAUGAAGUCCUGAGUUUCUCCUGGUAGGACAGCUGACUGGCUGACUGGCUGCUGCCUCCUGAGGAGUGAAGAUGAAAAGUUUACUCUUUGUCACCUUGUGUUUCUCGACGUGUCCCCUCAUGGUUGAUGGGCGCCAUCCAACCUGUAACUUCCUCUUGGAGGUGGAGAGAGAUCAGGCGGAGUGUCUGAAGAGACUGAGGGAGGAGGAGGCCGUUGACAGCCAUAAAGAGUCAUUAUGCAAAGGAGCAUGGGACAACAUAGCAUGCUGGGAGCAAGCUGAGGUUGGAGAGACCAUCACCAUCCCCUGUCCCCGAGUCCUCAAGACUCUAUUCGGCAGAAAUGGUAACAUAAGCAGGAAUUGCACGUCAGCGGGAUGGUCGGAUGUUUUCCCGAACAUCACCAGCGUGUGUGGGUCUGACACCAGCCAGGACAAGCUGGUCUUCUACGUGGUCGUGCAGACGUUGUACACUCUUGGUCACAGUCUGUCUUUAAUCGCCCUCACCACAGGGAGCGCCAUCCUCUGUCUGUGCCGGAAGCUCCACUGCACCAGAAACUACAUCCACCUCAACCUCUUCUUCUCCUUCAUCCUGAGAGCAGUGGCCGUGUUGGUGAAAGACAACAUCCUCUUCAACCGAACCUCGCACUGCUCCAACCAGCCAUCACUGGUGGGAUGUAAAGCCAGCCUAGUGUUUUUCCAGUAUUUCAUCAUGGCCAACUUCUUCUGGCUGCUGGUGGAGGGUCUGUACCUCCACACUCUGCUUGUCGUCAUCUUCUCUGAGAACAGACACUUUAUCGUCUACAUGUUCAUCGGCUGGGGAAUCCCCACUGUGUUCGUCUCUGUGUGGGUGAUUGCAAGGAUUUAUCUGGAAGACACAGGAUGCUGGGAGACAAAUGACAACCCCAUACCCAACUGGGUGAUCAAUGGGCCAAUUGGAUUCUCCAUUAUGGUGAACUUUAUCCUGUUCAUCAGCAUCAUUCGGAUCUUGAUUCAGAAGCUGAGGUGUCCUGACGUGGGUGGCAAUGACCAAUCGCAAUACAGGAGGUUGGCCAAAUCUACGCUCCUACUGAUCCCUCUGUUUGGGAUCCACUAUGUGGUCUUCGUUUCUCUUAGUGAAUCCAUCGCAGAAGAUUAUAAAAUAUUCUUUGACCUCGCCCUCGGAUCCUUUCAGGGUCUGGUGGUGGCCAUUCUGUACUGUUUCCUAAAUAGUGAGGUUCAAGGUGAGCUAAAGAGAAAGUGGCGGAGUAUGUAUCUGAACUGCCGUCUGAGCAGAAAUCACCCCUUCAACAGCAACUUUGCCUCCAGAAACGGUUCAGAGCACAUGGUGCAGUUUCAUCGCAACUCGAGAACCCAGUCCAUCCUGCAGUCGGAGACCACAGUGCUGUGAGGACCUGAGGGGAUCUUUUAAUAUAAACAAAAAACAAAUACAGUCUCCAGGUUGAUCUGGGUCGAAAAGUUUUACUAAAUGAUUUUAACACAAAGUUGAGGUGAAGUACCACAUGGGUGGGACCUGCACAUCGUUUCAGAGUAGAUUUCGGUUUUCGCUUUACAAAUCUCUGCAAGCCUUCAAAAUGUUCCUCAAAUGGACCUAAAAUGGUUCUAGUUCAUCACAUGAGGGUGUGCUUGUGUUUGCUGCCAACAAAGAACCAUUUUUAUUCACAUUAUGUCGUGUUAUCUGUGUGGGCCAAGAAAGAACAUUCACAAUCUUCAUAGUGAGUCAGUUUUUCCUGGACCCGUAAACAUGAGUGAGGUAAGAAAUGUACGUACGUGACUUGUGUGUUAUGUGCAUCUGUUAAAUAUUUAUAAAGAAAUAUGUGUAAGUGACAGUGGCAUUCUUCUCUUGACAGUUAACAGAGCUGUAGACUCUGUAGAUUGGAAUUGAGUUACAACCGCGAUGCAGUCAGAACGCUGCCAUGUCAGUCAUAAUUAGGACUGGGAUGACUCGUCGACUUAGUCGGCGUAAUCGAUUACGUAAAUACGUCGACUCGCAUUACUUGUGUUGAAGUGUCGCUGCAUCUGGUGUUUGUGGGAUUCCCCCGCACAAGCUCAAGCUACAAGACCUCGCGUUUGACUGUCUAAAGCUUGGGAGUAUUUUAGACAGACACUCAACAACAUGCUGCUCCGUGAGCUUCACUGCAGCACAACUGCUGUCAACGAAUACGUGAAGCAGCAUGAACACGUGAAGCGAAAGUAUCCUGAAGCACUGACGGCAGCACCGCAGAUCCUGUCUCCACACAAGCACGGCACAUUAUCAGCAUGAGGACACGCAGUCCGUUAAAAUGUAUUUUCUAAGUAUUUCAUCGCCUUCAUGUUAAAAGUAAUUUCUACCCCACUGCUGUCAUUGUAACAUAACAUUACACCAUGUGUCAACUAAAGUUCCCCCGUUUCAUAUUUUGUUUAUUUAGCAGCCACGUAUGAGCGAGAAAACAGCUGGAAGUAACAAAACAAUAGCAGUACAGCCUGUGAAUCAUUUCAGUUGUUUUCUUUGCCCCUGAUGCAGAAAUACAUUUGAUUAAUAUACUGCAUUACUAAAUAUUGAAAUAAAUCCAUGUCAGAACCAUUUAAUAUUUGAAGUAAAGCAGCCUAAUUAAUGUCUGUUAUUGUUAUUAUCACAGCACAUCAGUGAAGAGGAAAUAUGAUUCAUUUUAAGAAAUGCUACUAUUAUCAUUAUUCUAAUGUGCUUCAUCAGGAUGAUUGAAUAAAAUAGUGAUUUAUUGAUUAGACAUGUUUUUGAUAUUUAUUUAGAAUAAAUUGGUUUGUUAAUCUAGUAGUAGGAAACUUUUUUUUCUUUAGAAUACACAAAAUUAGUCGUCAGAUUAAUCGACUAAUCAAAAAAAUAAUCGUUAGAUUAAUCGACUUGAAAAAUAAUCGUUAUGUACAGCCUUAGUCAUAAUAUCGUGACAAUUUGUGAUUGAUGGGAGUGAAAAGUAGUACAUACUUUCGUGUUAACAUAACUGACCUGGAAUUCUUGAUUGUCAGGAGCAAAGGAGGAAAUAUUGUGAUGUUGUUGACAACAAAACGUCAGACAUUAGCACGGGAGACUGCUGUUUAUUUCCUACCGCGAGUCAGUGUUGGUUUCCUUUAACUUCUUGACAUUCCAACGGGUUCUAGCGGCAGCUCUCGUUAUGUGCACAC